AGACAAAGUGCAAACAACAGGCUGCAGAAUGAAGCGUCUGCUUUUCUUCUACGUUUUCUUCCAUCUCCUUGGGACUUCAAGCGCAGUGUACAAACAAUGGAUUCCAGACACCAAUUUUGAAAAUGCCUCCAACUGGGAUAAGGGCCGAACCCCAUGCAGCAACGAUGUCGUCCUUUUUCGGAGCAGCGAGGUUGUGUCAGUCUAUGUCCAUUCGUCCCACUCCUUGACAGACAUGUACAUCCCACUGAAUGGAGAAUUCAUCCUGGCCCCUGGUGCUGGGUUUGCAGCCUUCGACGGCAGCUUUGAUCCAGGAUGUGAGACAGCUUCAGAAGUCACCUUUGCCAGUGCAGACAAUUUCCAGUGGUAUGACCCCACCCUGUGGCGUGCUGCAACCUCAUUGGACAACCUCGAACAAGGCAAACACAUCUUCUCUGUGGAUGAAGAAAGAGUCCCGUGCCAGUAUGAUGACGUUAUCUUUCCUCCCGAAACGUCCUUCCGUGUGAACAUCGAGUCGUCUGAUCAGGCAAUACGGCUCAGGAGCAUUUCAGUCACGGGGCAGAAGUUCACCAGUGACAACACCCUGGCAGAGUAUAUGCAGAGCUCCUCUGCAAAGCUACAGUUCCAUGGAGAAGGGGCAUUCCAGCUGUCGAACACCAGGUGCCCAGACAAAUCGGGCUGCGAAUGUGGAAAUGUUGCAGACCACGACAGAAUCUGUGCUGCCUUGCUCCAGAAGUCUGGGAAUCAAUGUCCACAGGUGAUGUGCAAGGACCCCCUAAAGCCCAUUGGCCAUUGCUGUGAAAUGUGCGGAGCCAUCAUUUCCUUGGAAUAUUCUGCUGGUUUUGAGAUAGAGGUGUAUCAGAACAGAAUACUCCACACAUUUCUCAAUUUGCCCAAGAAUGCAGGAAUUCAGGCGGCUGUGUCAAAGGUGCGUGAGCGGCAGAGUUUCCUGGGAACGAUACCACGUAGCUCAGCCUCGUUCAUCCAGAUUCUACUGGUCGACAACAGGACUGGAUCUGAGACUGGGACUCAAUCCGAGCAACUGGCCCAGGACAUCGUGAAGGACAUAGGAGAGCAUGGAGUGCUGUUUGGUAUUGCGGUGAGGAGCCUGCAGGCAGCCACUGGCAGUAACUGGAGUCCUCAAGAGGCUGCUCCUACAAUUGCUGGGACAGUCGUCGUUCUGCUCCUUGUCUUGCUGCUCUUGGGAGCUGUCCUGCUACUCUACAGAAAAGGGACUUUAAGAUCUCUCGCAUCAGUUCAUUUUACCUCCAUGUGGAGCCGAAAAAGGGACCUGGAUCUUUCAGAAGAAGCAUCCGACAAGGGGUUUGAUAAUCCCAUUUUCGACACACCAUGUGACCCAGUGGCUUUAGCUGGUGCGUGCUCUGUGGAGGAGGCACCGAAGGAGAUGGCGAGCAAAAAUAGCGAGCUCUAUUACAUUAAUCCUUUAUAUGAUGAAACGGAACUUUGUGCUUAACAUCAAAGCUGUCAGAGGAAGGCAGUCCUGUCAUUCUGUACUUUGCUUGCCGUUUCAACAGGCUCAACCACUGCGGAGGCCAGCUCACCAAUGCAAGGAACCCGAACAUUUCAAUGGGGACAGUGCAGAAGAAUUUCCUGGUGAUCGGCCCCCAAAGUUAUUUAAAGACGCUGCCUUGUCUUUAAAAAUAUUGCUUAAUUUUAAAAUCGGAGAGAGUGUAUCAAAUUGCUGGGUGGUCCUCAUGAAAAUCAUAAAGGGUUUGUAAAUCGUUUUCUCGUCAGUAGUGGAAUAUGUAUCGUCCGUGAAUUUAAAUAAAGAAUGGCUAU